AUGGAGUUCUUGGACUGGCACAAAGCAGAAAGUCACCUGGCCCACGACCAAAUGUACUUUCCGCGAAAGAAGGCAGUUGCGUAUGUGCAAGAGUUACUUGCUCCCUUGAACUACGAUUUUGCCGCUGCCUGGUUCCUCGCACUUGGUCUGGCCGAUGACAGGGCCACAGAGCCGGUCAAACGUGCUAUGGUCUACAUGGCGGCAAUUUCUGCGACCGAGGCUACCUCACAAGGUCUCCCCGCGGUGUUAUACAAGGGUGACAUGCAUGAAGCUCUAUCCAGCGCCUUUGAUACACCCGUAUUUGGAGAAGAUAGGGGCAAUGUUGUGGAAGAAUUGUGCUUCAAGGUGCAUAACUGCAUCACUUUUCUCUCUCAGUUGUGGGCACAAGGAGGGAUAUGGGCUCAGCUGGCGUUCCUUCACACCCUUCACACAGCGGACGCGACAUUCGUCGCCGAUAAAUCCGAACUAGACAAGCUUGUGUUGUCUAGUUCGGGUAACAAAGCAAUUCGCACGCUGCGGCCCGAAAUGCGCGCGGUCAUGGCACGCGUGCUGAGUAUAUGUCGGAUACUUGAACUGAAUCUCGUGCGAAAAGCACCCCUGUAUUUGCAUGAGCAGGAUUGCAGCUUCAUUCAGUCGUGUUUGAGCCUGGCAUGGCGCCAUUGCAGCUUCUUGUUGGUGGCGCCGAAAGAGUGCAACAUUUUAUUCCUUGACUUGGUCGCCGCGGCAUCCACUGGCAGUGGACAGCAUCCAGGUGAUGCGCUGCAUGUCGACUUAGCCUUCCAAAGCACUGAUACGCCAGAUGGCAAGUUGUUUCUUGCUGUGCGACAUCUGGAACGCCGUAAUGACAAGGUUCUCGCCAUCAAAGAUACAGUUGUUCUUCCAUUUGCCGUCAUUGGAAUCCCAGUGGAAUUCUACAAAAGCGUAAGACUCUAG